CGCUGCUGUGUGUGUUCAGCUCCCCGCAGCUCCAGUCGGAAUUCUCAUUACACCCGGGCCUCUUCAGACCUUACACGAUGGCCCUACAUGUACCCAAAGCUCCGGGCUUUGCCCAGAUGUUAAAGGAUGGCGCAAAGCAUUAUUCAGGCUUGGAGGAGGCCGUUUUUAGGAACAUCCAGGCAUGCAAGGAGCUGGCACAGACUACAAGAACUGCUUAUGGACCAAAUGGCAUGAACAAAAUGGUCAUCAAUCAUUUAGAGAAACUCUUGGUCACCAACGAUGCUGCCACCAUACUUAGAGAACUUGAGGUCCAGCACCCGGCCGCUAAGAUGAUCGUGAUGGCAUCCCACAUGCAGGAGCAGGAAGUCGGCGAUGGAACCAACUUCGUUCUGGUUUUUGCUGGGGCUCUGCUGGAGCUGGCGGAAGAGCUGCUCCGAAUGGGGCUCUCCGUUUCAGAGGUCAUUGAGGGUUAUGAUAUGGCCUGUAAGAAGGCCCUGGAGAUUCUCCCAGACUGCAUCUGCUCCUCUGCUAAAGACAUGCACGAUGUCACAGAGGCGACAGCCAUGAUCCGCUCCGCAGUGAUGAGCAAGCAGUACGGAAACGAGGACUUUCUCGCAGAGCUCAUCGCACAAGCCUGUGUCUCAAUCUUCAACGAGUCUGGAAAUUUCAACGUGGAUAACGUUCGAGUGUGUAAGAUCUUGGGUUGUGGCCUGCAGUCCUCGUCCAUGCUGCACGGUAUGGUCUUCAAGAAGGAGGCUGAGGGAGACAUCACGUCGGUCAAAGAGGCAAAGAUCGUCGUGUUUUCCUGUCCGUUUGACUGCAUGGUUACCGAGACCAAGGGCACGGUGCUGAUCAAGAACGCAGAGGAGCUGAUGAACUUCAGCAAGGGAGAGGAGAACCUCAUGGAAGCCCAAGUGAAGGCCAUCGCCGACGCCGGCGCCAACGUGGUAGUGACCGGCGGCAAAGUGGCAGACAUGGCGUUACAUUAUGCUAACAAGUACCAGCUCAUGGUGGUCCGGCUGAACUCUAAAUGGGAUCUUAGGCGGUUAUGCAAAACUGUCGGUGCUGUAGCGCUGCCCAGAAUGACUGUUCCUACACCAGAGGAGAUGGGACACUGUAACAGUGUGUACCUGAGCGAGGUCGGAGACACCCAGGUCAUCGUGUUUAAACAUGAGAAGGAAGAAGGUGCCAUUUCUACCCUGGUGAUUCGAGGCUCCACAGACAACCUGAUGGAUGACAUUGAACGAGCCAUCGAUGAUGGCGUGAACACCUUCAAGGUCCUCGUCAGGGAUAAAAGACUGUGUCCUGGUGCCGGAGCUACUGAAAUCGAGCUGGCUAAACAGAUCAUGUCCUAUGGAGAGUCUUGUCCAGGUCUGGAGCAGUACUCUAUUAAAAAGUUUGCCGAGGCUUUCGAGGCCGUGCCACGCGCCCUGGCGGAAAAUUCAGGUGUGAAGGGCAACGAGCUGAUCUCCAAACUGUACGCCGUUCACCACGAGGGCAACAAAAACAUGGGCUUCAACAUUGAAGGUGAAGGUCCCGCUGUGAAGAACAUGCUUGAGGCUGGCAUUCUGGACCCGUACCUGGUCAAACACUGGGGCAUCAAGCUGGCCACAAACGCCGCCAUCACUGUCCUCCGGGUAGAUCAGAUCAUCAUGGCUAAGCCGGCCGGAGGACCCAAGGCCCCGCAGGAAAAGAAAGAUUGGGACGAGGACGAUUGAGCGAAGUCGGCGCGUCUUGCUUCACCGCUGUUUAUUUAAUAUCCACAUUUGUUUUGUAUUUUUUCCUAUUAGUAAUGAGCUUCUUCAUCCAUGAGAACAGAGAAUAUCUGGCACUGUAGUUCUUGUGGUCCCAAUAAAAGGCACUUGAGCUGUCAA